AGGUGCACCGUCGUCCACGAGCGACUCAACAGAGAUACCUCCUCUCUCCAUCACGCAGGUAGGGAUGGUCACCGUGCUUGUGCAACGGCAGCGGCGAGAGGCGGCGCAGCGUACGGAGCGGCUGCGUGCCGCACGCCAGGCCGCCGCGCAGCUCUCCGUCGAGCAGACUCGAUUCUACAUGGAUCAGAAGCGGCGGCAAGCCGCAUCCGUUCGCGAAGAUGCCCGCCAACGGUGGAUGCAGGCGCAGGCCCGCGAUGUCGACGCCAUCGACGCGUUGGUGCAGCGCGGCAUCGCCCAGCAGAGCGACGGCCACGAGGCGGCUGCGCGGUUACAUGCAGAUGGGCAGCGAGAGGCGUGCGAGGAGGCCGCGGCGUGGCAUGCGGAACACGAGUUGGAGGUUGCACGCCACCGUCUGGCCGUCGUCUACACCCGGGCGGAGGCGCACGAGCGACACGCCCCGCACAUCGUUGCGCAGCGUCGACGGGCAGCGGUGCGAGAUGUGGAGAGGAAACGCGCUGCUCGUGUGGCGGCCGCGCCGGCGUCUGCGCUGCCGCUGGCGGAGGUGAUGCGCAGUCUCCGCGCGGCACCCGUUGCGACAGAGAACUGCACGGCUGGCAUUCCAGUGGCUUACCCGGCUGAGCUGCGUCAUCCUAACGACGCUGCGGCUUCGUCUCCCCGAUCGAGCUCUCCGGAGCAGCGGCGGUGGCGCAUUUCGGACGUGGCACCACACGCACGAGUCACUGUGCACGCCCCGGACGAUCCACCUCGGGGUGAACGCGUGGAGAGGAACGCAGGCGAAGUGAGAAACCUCGCGGUGGGCGUCGAGGACACAGACAGCGAGGAGAAGGCCGAUCCGGUGAGGCACGCCACCCAUGCCUACGCGCUCGAGUGUGCGUCGGCGCUGGCGCAGCGGGAGAAGACGCUGACGGACGGGCAGCAAAAAGCGGCGCAGCGGGCGGCUUCCGCGCUGCGUCGUCAGCACCACGAGCGGAUGCAGGCAGAGGCGGCCCGGCAAGCGCAGCGGGAGCGCCUCGCCGCCGUGAAGGACGUCUACCGCCACUCCCGAGAAGAAAUCAGCGCGGAGGCAGCACAGAAACAAAGCGGCAAUGCUGCUGCUGGUGCUGCUGCACAAGUGUCCACUCAAAGUGGCAACGCCGAUGCCUUCGGAGAUGUCGGCAACUCUGCGCCGCCGCCACAACCGUCACCGCCGCCACGAGCGUCGCCGCACGGCCUAACACGUCAGCAACAGGCGCAGAAGAUGUAUCGGACGUGUGAGGACGACUUCAAGGCCACCUUUGUUGACGGCCCGCCGGUGGCCGUGCACGCAGAGCGAAGCACCACCCGCACCGCCCCUCUAGAGGAGCUGCUGCGUCCUGCGCAGGUGGCGGAUCUGCUUUACAGUCAUGCGCAUGAAUCCCCCUCGCGGGCGACGCGCAUCGACACCGCACAACCGCCGCCGUCUAGCGCAGGCGGAGACGCGACAGCCACAACGGCUACGAUUGCGAGGGGUGAUGCACCUCCGGCGUCACGCGUGCUGCCCUCCGCGCCGCUGCACAUGCGGCCCCUGCACCCCUACGGUGAAACCAGCUGUACCACCACGAACUACGAUAGCAAUAACAAUGCGAAUUCUCCAGGUGGCAGCCCCUACAGCCCUGCGCAACGUGCUGUCAAUCCGGAAGGCAGCGGACGUGUGCAGGACGGUAGCGCCUCGCCACAGCCGUUUGUGCGCGAGACGCAUCGGGGCGUCAUGGGAGUGCCCUCCUCUACCCUUUCUCCGCUGAUGCACGUCCGCGCCGUCACGCCACCGGUCCAACAGCAAACGUCUUCUUUAUCUUCUUCGCCACCUCGUGUAACGGCACCAUCGGCGGAGAAGCGGUCACAGGAGAUCGCCAUGUCGCCUCUGUCCACAGCGGCAGCAGUAACUGUGGGAGAUGGUCGCAAGGUCAGCCCCGAGCCGAUCCCUUCACCUUCUCAACCUCCUCCACCAGCUCUUCCUCCUUCCUCACCACAGCAACUGAUGCAAGAGGAGGUCGUGAACGCAGCGGAGACAGCGGUGGUCCACGUGUCGCAUCGAUCGAGCACGACGGUGUCCGCUGCGACGACUCCGCUGAGCACCCCACCGCGCCCCGUACAUCCACACGCGGCGAAGUCACCGCCGUCGUCGUCCACCUCUACGCCGCUGAGCAGCGCCGCGGAAGACUCUCACUUGUCCAGCGUUACGAGUGAGGGCAGCAGCGGCGGCAGCAGCUCGAUGGACUCCUCGGGCGCCAGCGCUAGCACCGGCAGCUCAUCGCUGCGUCACCCGCUGCCGAUGAUGACGGCGGAGCAGCUGAAGUUGGCGCUGGUGCGGCUGCGCAGAAGAAUCAAGACCGCACAGAUGUAG